UAGUGUUUAGUGUCCGUCUCAAUCUGUUUAUGUGUGUGUAUUUUUGUGUGUUACGCAUCCACAUAACACACACACACACACGUUAAUCCACAGUAUGGCUUGGUAGUGGAAUGGUUCUUUCAUCAAAUCAUUCAGCUGGUACUUGUUUUCAUGACAUGCCAUCCCCCUAUGCUCUUUCUCUCCUUCCCAAACAUCACCUUUUUGCUUUUGACCUCCAUCAAAACCACAGUGAUACAUCCUACAACGCCUUCCUCUCUUCUCAAAGGAGCACAUUUUCUCUCACAGUAUUGCACAACAGUCUCUUCUCCUUCUCCCAUUAAAUGUGUAACUGCCUCCGUUUCCUUAUAUUUAAUCAUUUUACUCACACACAGGAGGACUAAUGCAAGGUCCCAAGGCAUACUCCAUAUCUAGCAAAAAAGGAAUAAACCAAUAUAUUAUACUGUUCCCAUCUCAUCCUGCACCUCUUAUGAAAUCACUGCUGUCUGAUGAAGACUGACAAACAUUAUCUGUAGCUCUGCGCUUAAUACUCACUCAUUUCUCAUUCUACUGGUCUGUCACCUGUGUAUGCAUCUCUCUCUACCCCCCUCCCCCCACCACCCCCUCUCCUAUCACUCCCUCUGACACACACACAAGCACUCAAAGAUAAUGGACUAAACCCUUGCUGCAGUUUUUUACCUUUCAGAGGAUAUUUUUUGUUUCAUGCUUUUCUCAUCUGUCGCUCUCAUUUUAAGCGCCGUUCAUCUCUAUCCCAUCAUUGUUUUCCACCUACACCCCCACACUUAAUUAUCCAGUCAUUUCUUUAUUUGUUGCUCCAUCUUUUUCAUUUGCCAUCAGAAAAUUAUUCACAUAUCCCAAUGUUCUAUAUGUUAGAGGGUCAUUUUGUUUUUCUGAUAUAAUUUGAGAGUUAUGUUUACUUCUAUGGGGAAUCAUUUUUGUAAGUUAUUACUGGGACUACUGUGAUAUUAAGGGGCAGGUAAUUUAGUGUAGUUAUUUUUGGAACAAUGUUUAGCAAUAGGAGAAGAAAAGUGUUGAAGACGGUGGUGAAAAGGUUGUAGGGAAUUAGGUUUAUUGCGAACUAACCAAAAAACUGACUUUUUGGUGUGUGAGUGAGGGAAAGGGAGUGAGAGAGGGAAAGGGAGUGAGGGAGGGAAAAGGAGUGAGAGAAGGAAAGCGAGUGAGAGAGGGAAAGAGAGGGAAAAGAGUGUAAUAACACAGCAAUAGUAAACCACAAUUCAUUCUCUCUCCACCUCUAUAUUUCCUUUUGUUCUUGAAGGAGAAUGUUAUGAUUCUCCUCUACAUUAUAUGAAGAUAUUGGGGAAUGGGAUUUUUUUUAAAAUAUUCUUCACAAUGAUAAAUGCAUUCUGGAUGUAGCUGUUUUCCUGAGGAAUUACUCUGUUUCGGAUUGGACUCCAAAUGAAAGCCUCUAAUUAACUGUUAAUUGAAAUUCAGGACUUUUUGGUGGUUUUUCCGAAUGGACUAAAGCUGAUUUUAAUACUUUUUUCUACUAAUGAAUUUUAAUGGGAUUUUACUAUCAAGGAUUAAGGACUCAACAUCUUAUCUUCUAGUGAUAUAUUUGUGAUUGUUACAAUUUCUCCUAUCUACAAACACAAUUACAUUUAGAAUCACUCAGUAUUAAGGGUUAAUUAGUUCACCCUCCCUCAGUCUGAGGCUAUGAGAGGGAGAGAGGAGUCCCAGGCCACACCAUCAUGCUACUUCUGAGAAGCAGGGAUGACAUUUUGGCUGCCAAUACACAAGGUAUUACAUUCCCACUCCUCGAUUAUGCCUGUCUGCGGCUGCCACAGCCCCUCCCACCCUCAGGAAAGGCGAGCGUCCCCCACGCCCCUGCCCCCCCAGGAGGUGAGACGUCCUCCCCGGCGCCGUGCGGCCCUCUCCUCCCUCUCCCUGUCCCUCCUGGGCCUCCUGAUGUGCCUGUUCCACUUGCCCCCCGCCUGUUACUCUCGCAGAGACAAGGGCGGGGGCGUGGCCCACUACAUCCCCAUGGCCCAGCCCCCCCACCACCAGGUGCUGCCCAAGCUGGUGCAGGGCCUCAGCAUCGCCGUGGUGCUGGUGGGCAACUCUAGCGAGGUGGCGUUGGCGGGCGCCCGGGAGAAGGACGACUUCCUGCACAUGCCGCUGGCGCCCAACGUGGAAGUGCUCACCAUGAACGAGACGGACCCCAAGAGCAUCAUCAAGAGCAUCUGUGACCUGAUGACAGAGCACUGGCUGCAGGGCGUGGUGUUCGGGGACGAUACGGAUCAGGAGGCCAUAGCCCAGAUCCUGGACUUCAUCUCUGCACAGACACACAUCCCCAUCCUGGGGGUCCGCGGGGGCUCCUCCAUGAUCAUGGCUGCCAAGGAUGACAACUCUAUGUUCUUCCAGUUCGGCCCGUCCAUCGAGCAGCAGGCCUCGGUCAUGCUCAACAUCAUGGAGGAGUACGACUGGUACAUCUUCUCCAUCGUCACCACAUACUACCCCGGAUACCUGGACUUUGUCACCAAGAUCCGGAGCACCAUAGAGAACAGCUUUGUGGGCUGGGAGCUGGAGGAGGUUCUGCUGCUGGACAUGUCAGUGGACGAUGGAGACUCGAAGAUCCAGAACCAGCUGAAGAAGCUUCAGAGCCCCGUCAUCCUGCUGUACUGCACUAAGGAGGAGGCCAACACCAUCUUCGAAGUGGCCCACUCCGUAGGGAUCACGGGCUACGGCUACACCUGGAUCGUCCCCUCGCUGGUAGCUGGGGACGCUGAAGUGAUCCCUGCCGAGUUCCCUACAGGUUUAAUCUCUGUGUCGUAUGACGAGUGGGACUACGGCCUGGAGGCUCGCGUGCGCGAUGGGGUGGCUGUCAUCGCCAUGGCAACCUCCACCAUGAUGCUCGACAGGGGGGCACACACCCUGAUGAAGUCUGAGUGCCACGGGGCCACGGACAAGAAGGGGCCCAUUGCUGGGAAUCCCAAUGAGGUGCUCAGGUACCUGAUGAACGUGACGUUUGAGGGCCGGAACCUGUCCUUCAGUGAGGACGGCUACCAGAUGCAUCCCAAACUGGUCAUCAUCCUACUGGACAAGAUGAGGCAGUGGGACAAGGUGGGGAAGUGGGAGAACGGCUCCCUGUCCAUGAAGUACCACGUCUGGCCUCGCUUUGAGAUCUACUCAGGGGCAGAGAGCCGGGAGGACGACCACCUUUCCAUCGUCACGCUGGAGGAGGCUCCGUUCGUCAUCGUGGAGGACGUGGACCCCCUCAGUGGCACGUGUAUGAGGAACACUGUGCCCUGCAGGAGACAGCUCCAAACCAUGCUCGCGGGAAAUAAAACCGUAGACUCUGGGAUCUACAUCAAGCGCUGCUGUAAGGGUUUCUGCAUCGACAUCCUGAAGAAGAUCGCCAAGCACGUCAAGUUCACCUACGACCUCUACCUGGUGACCAACGGAAAACACGGCAAGAAGAUCAACGGCACCUGGAACGGCAUGGUGGGAGAGGUGGAGACGAAGAAGGCCCACAUGGCUGUGGGCUCCCUCACCAUCAACAAGGAGAGGUCAGAGGUCAUUGACUUCUCGGUUCCCUUCAUCGAGACGGGCAUCAGCGUCAUGGUAUCCCGUAGCAACGGCACCGUCUCGCCCUCUGCCUUCCUCGAGCCCUUUAGUGCUGAUGUGUGGGUGAUGAUGUUCGUGAUGCUGCUGCUGGUUUCGGCGAUUGCUGUGUUUGUGUUUGAGUACCUCAGCCCUGUGGGCUACAACCGCUGUCUGGCCGACGGUAGAGAGCCUGGAGGGCCCUCCUUCACCAUCGGCAAGGCCAUCUGGCUGCUGUGGGGUCUGGUCUUCAACAACUCUGUCCCAGUGCAGAACCCCAAGGGUUGGACCAGUAAGAUCAUGGUGUCGGUGUGGGCCUUCUUCGCUGUCAUCUUCCUGGCUUCCUAUACUGCCAACCUGGCAGCCUUCAUGAUCCAGGAGGAGUAUGUGGACCAGGUGUCUGGACUCAGCGACAAGAAGUUCCAGAGACCCAAUGACUUCUCCCCUCCAUUCCGGUUUGGGACGGUCCCUAACGGCAGCACGGAAAGGAACAUCAAGAACAACUACAAGGAGAUGCAUGGCUACAUGAUCAAGUUCCACCAGAAGAAUGUGGACGAGGCCCUCUAUGGUCUGAAGACUGGUAAACUGGACGCCUUCAUCUACGACGCAGCAGUGCUGAACUACAUGGCUGGAAGGGACGAGGGCUGUAAGCUGGUGACCAUCGGCAGUGGGAAGGUGUUUGCCUCCACGGGCUACGGCAUCGCCAUCCAGAAGGAGUCUGGCUGGAAGAGACACGUCGACCUGGCCAUCCUUCAGCUCUUUGGAGACGGUGACAUGGAGGAGCUGGAGGCCAUGUGGCUGACGGGGAUCUGCCACCAUGAGAAGAACGAGGUGAUGAGCAGCCAGCUGGACGUGGACAACAUGGCCGGCGUCUUCUACAUGCUGGGGGCGGCCAUGGCUCUGUCGCUCAUCACCUUCAUCGCCGAGCAUGCCUUCUACUGGCAACUGCGCUUCUGCUUCAUGGGCUACUGCACGGGCAAGCCAGGCUUCGUCUUCUCCAUCAGCAGGGGCAUCUACAGCUGCAUCCACGGGGUUCAGAUCGAGGAAAAGAGCAGCUCAGCUCUCGACUCUCCAUCGGUCACCAUGAACAACACCCAAUCCAACAUCCUGCGUCUGCUCCGAACCGCUAAGAACAUGGCCUCCCUGUCCGGGGUUAACGGCUCACCUCACAGCGCCCUGGACUUCAUCCGUCGUGAGUCAUCCGUCUACGACAUCUCCGAGCACCGCCGCAGCCUGGCAGGUCACUCGGACUGCAAGCCUCCGUACAUGCCGGAGGAUAACAUGUUCAGUGACUACAUCAACGAGGUGGAGAGGACGUUCGGGAACCUCCACCUGAAGGACAGCAACCUGUACCAGGACCACUACCUGCACCACCACGGAGGCUCUGCCCUGGGGCUCAGCGGCCCACCACUUAACAGACCCCACAGCCUGGGCAGCAACAGCUCUCUGGAAGGGGGCAUGUUUGACUGUGACAGUUUAGGUGGAGGAGUGGCACCCAUCUUCACCACACAGCCACGCUCUGCCCUGACCCACAGGAACAUGAGUAAGUUUGACCUGAUUGCCAGUCAGAACCCACCCUCCGGGCCGGGCUUCAAAUCGGGACUUUCAGACCUGUACGGAAAGUUCUCCUUCAAGGGAGGGGCCUCCAGCUCAGGUUACAUCCCCGGGCAUGACAGGUACUGUGGGGGAGGGGGCAGAGAGGAUGACGGAAACAUCCGUUCAGACGUUUCAGACAUCUCCACUCACACUGUCACCUACGGGAACCUGGAGGGCAACGCUAAAAAACGUAAGCAGUAUCGCGACAGCCUGAAAAAGAGGCCCGCCUCGGCCAAGUCGAGACGAGAGCUGGAUGAGAUUGAGCUGGGCUACCGGAGAAAGCCCUACCACACAGGCUACCACCACUACCACGGCCACCGCUCCUCCUCCCCGCCCCUACUGGCCUCCGAACGCAAGAGAGGAGGAGGGGGCAAUGCAGGGAGCACAUCCUACCUGUUCCGAGACAAAGAGAGUGUGAGGGAUUUCUAUUUGGACCAGUUCCGCCCCAAAGAUGGUGUCCCCCAAUGGGAACAUGUGGAUCUGACAGACGGUCCUGGAGGGGGGGUGAGGGGCGGGGGGAACUGCACCAGUUUGGUGUCAGUGGACGACUUCCUGAAACAAAAUAAACCCAAGAAAUCAGAGUCUAAGAGUGGGGGAGGCACAUCAGGGGCGGGGUUGGCAGGAGGAGACUGGGAGUGUCGAAACUGCCGUGCCAGCGGAGGAGGGGGGAAGCAGAUGUUGAUGCAUGGUAGCGGGGUGGGGGAGAGGGGAGGCGGGUACGGUGGAGGGGUUAGUUGUGGAUCAUCGGGGGGUGGAGGGAACAGCCGUCCCAGCUCUGCCACCUGCAUGCGCUGCGAGGGCUGCAAAAAGACAGGCAACCUGUACGACAUCAGUGAGGACAACAACCACCUCUUGGAACAGAUGGGGGGUGGGAAAGUCGGAGGCAUGGGGGCUGUGGGGUUAAGUGGAGGUGCCCAGCCUCAAUCUCAAGCCCAGCGUAGGAAGUCUGCCGGCUUUGGAAAGCCCCUCCGACGGCAACACUCGUGCGACACCUUCGUAGACCUUCAGAAAGAGGAGGCAGUCGGAGUCAGGGGGGUCAUGGGGGAUCUAGGAGGGGGCAGUGGGGGCAUGGGGGGUGCAGGAAUGAGCGGGAUGUUGCCUCCUCCCAGAAGUGUUAGCUUAAAAGAGAAGGAGCGCUACAUGGAGGGUGUUAGCCCUUUCGCCCACAUAUUUGAGAGGCAUGGAGGCUCAGAGAGGGAGAAGGAGCGAGACAGAGACCCCCUGUUCUACAGUGGUGAGAUGGUCAAAGAAGCAGGGUCGCCGUUCGGCUUGUUCCGAGGUGGCGAGGGCCUUCACCGCCGCUCAGUGGGGGAGAGGGACAUGAGGGACAGAGAAAGAGCCAUGAUGGAGGGCGGUGGAGGAGGAACCUACUCGUUAUCCAAAUCUCUCUACCCGGAUAGGGUCAACCAAAACCCCUUUAUUCCAACCUUUGGUGACGACCAGUGUCUCUUGCAUGGCGCCAAACAAUACUACAUGAAAAAGCAACAGCAGCAGCAGCAGCAGAUGCCCCCCAAAAACAGCCGAAGUGACUUCCGGGGCUCCGUGGGUGUGACAUCUUUCUUGCCAGCGACUGCCACUGCUGGGGUCAUGUCCACCGUGGCCCCCAGGUUCCCUAUGGAGCUGUGUCUGGGAGGGAACCUCCACGGCUCCACGCUGGGUGUGGGGCCAAUACAGCGCCCGUUCAAUGGCAGCAACGGGCACGUGUACGAGAAACUCUCCAGCAUUGAGUCAGACGUGUGAGAGAGGAGACUGGGUGGGGAGGCAUGGAGGGAGAGAGGGAUGGCAUUAGUCCUGGGAAGUCAGGGAUGAUGAGGCACCACUGUCCACAUUGCAACCGCAACACUUUUAACAAGGAAGGAGAACAGUCAGGGAAGAGAAGAUGAACGACAGAAUGGUGAAAAGUUUCGACAGAAGAGAGCAGGGUGAGUUAGAAGGAAAGAUGGGGACAUUCAUGCCCUUUUAUUUUGUUACAAAACAAUGAAUUCAAGAGGUGACACGUGGGUAGGGUUAUGUUAACUCUAUUAUUUAUUUGGCCGUUGCCAUCAACACACUCAAAAAGAACACAAAAGUGACACCUCAAUGUGAUUUUGCAAGUUUGAGACAAAUGGCUUAGAGUCACACCUACAGAGUGAUUAUGAGAAGGGAAUGUGAGUGAGUAGUGAAGUGUCCAUCUGGUCAAGUGUUAUUAGAGAAAGGAGAUGUUGUCAUGACUCAUGUUUAUGAUAGCUCUGAGACCGAAAAUGAGUUAGUUGGAAGACGAUGGCCGUGUUUAGCCCCUGCACUAACUCUCCCUCUUUUUGCCUCUACACUCUUAGAGAAAAGGGGUCCAAAAGGGUUAUGUGGCUGUCCCCAUAGGAGAACCCUUUUUGUUUCCAGGUAGAAUCCUUUAUGUUUCCAUGUAGAACCCUCUGUAGAACAGGUUCUACAUGGAACCCAAAAGGGUUCUACCUGGAACGUAAAGGGUUGUACCUGUAACCAAAAGCGAUUCUUCAAAGAGUUAUUUUAUGGGGACAGCCGAAGAACCCUUUAAGGUUCUAGAUAGCACCUUUUUUUCUAAGUUAGUUGUUCUGCUCUCUUACACCCAAACAACCGUCUUUCACUCUUGUUUGCUAUGAUAAUUCAAUCAUAAAUGAAAAUAAGAUAUUCUUACUGAAAUAACAGGGUAAAACAACAAUAAUGUUAUUAACAUUGUGAUUAACAAAAGUGAUAUUAUGAAGUGCUUAUGACAUUAAGUUUGUUUUAUGUUCCUUUGAUAUUUCAAUACUGUUUAAUAUUUGUUGUUAUUUCUUUGUCUGCCCGAUGGUGGCAGGAAGCUUGUUAUCUAAUUCAACUAACAAGCCUGAAGGACUGAGUGAAAAGUCAUUAGGUCUCUUGUUUUUGUUUUAAUGAUAUACAGUCCGUGCUCAUUCGUUAAUUUGCUGUUUUUAAAAUUAUUCCGGAAAGAUCUGGAAGACAUAAUUUGCACAGUACUGAAAGGUUCUUCUUUGUUUGAAGUUUCAAGAGAUUUCACACCCUGUUUCUGUACUUUUGUUGGUCAACAACUGUGAAAGACGUGUCUUGUCAUAAAGCAGAUGGCUGAAGAUACUGACUGAAGGUCUUAAAGGACUCCAGAUGAUGUGUACCCCAGAGAGCACAGCAGGGCGUGGUGUAACAGCAUGAUGCGUACUGAACACGGUGUUAAGAUGUGUACUGUACAAUAUCCACUUGUCUCGAAGGGAAAACGUACUGCUCUGAAACCAAGUCAUUAUUUACAGAUGUGAGACUGAGAGACUGUGGUGUGUUUCAAGACAAUAACAUGUUUGAUAACUAACACUUAACUUGAUGUGGACAUUAUCACACAGACAUUACAAUACCAUCGGAAGUGCUUCAUAAACCUGCCACACAUCCAUACUAAAGAACACCACAUAUACUGUCAGACUGCUGUGCCUCAUCUAACAAGCAUUUGAUCAACCCUUUUGGAUUCAGGUUCUUAGAAAACAGCCAGCAGCCUUCUAGGCUCACUUUUUAACACACCACUUAUCUCGUAAAAGCCGUUGCGUUCACGCUCCGAAGUUAGGAAGGUCCAUACGGGCUUAUGAGACACAUUGAAGAAGCAUUGUGAAUGCAGUUUUACUUCACGUCAGUCAGAGUGUUUCAUGUGUAUUAUAGGCGUAUGCUCUGUAAUUCUAAAUUUAACUCAAAUCCUCUUAAAAGAUGUUGUUGCCCAAAGAAGAUAGUAAUGGUAUUGAUUAAAGGCUGAAUGUAAGUCGUGAGGAUGUCUCUAAAAGGGACAUUCCUCCUCAGACUGAGGCAGUUAGACGGAGGGUGUCUUGAGAAUGCUCACGCUGUAUGCUUUGACAGAUGUUGACAGAUGUUAGCCCCCCCACCCCCACCCCACCC